AGGUUGUAGCCUGACUCCUCCCACCCAUGUGACUGAUCACAUGAUUGUGACAUCACUGAAGGUCCUUAAGUUACCUGAGUCUUCUAUAUACAGGGAGGGGGAGGUCUCCAUCAGUGGUCGGGGGUCUCCCUUUCUUCUCCUGACUGCCCCCUAAGGAUGGAGAAGGACCUGGAUGUGAUGGAGGAGAGAAUAUUACACGUGGCCCUAGAGAUCAUGUCCCUGCUGAGCGGAGAGGAUUACAUGGUAGUGAAGACAGAAGAGGGGGAAGGAUGGAGCAGGGAGCAGGUUCCUAUAUCGCUGCCUCCACCUCACUCACUGAUACAUAAGGGAAACAGUCAUCAGGAGAUCCUGGAACUCAUCAACAAGAUGGCCGACCUGCUGACUGGAGAGGUUCCUAUAAGGUGUCAGGACGUCACUGUCUAUUUCUCCAUGGAGGAGUGGGAGUAUGUAGAAGGACACAAGGAUCUGUACCAGGACAUAGUCAUGAUGGGGGAUCACCGGCCCCCAACAUCACCACUGGAUUGGUCCAGUCAGAGGAAUCCACCAGAGAGAUGUCCCCGUCCUCUAUAUCCCCAGGAUUGUCCAGAGGAGACGCAGAAUGUCCCCCCGGAUCACCAGGCCAUGGUCCUCUUCACCAAUGACCCAACAAGGAUGGAGAAGGCCAGAAAGCACAUGGCUGCCAGGAUAUUACACCUCACCCUAGAGAUAAUCCACCUGAUAACCGGAGAGGAUUACACAGUAGUGAAGAAGUGGUCUGGUGAGUGUGUGACCCCCCGUGUGUCAGGAGGAUCGGGCACCACCCAGAGCCCCACCCCCGAGGAUCCUCCACCUCAUUCACUGAUACAUGAGCAGAAGAUCCUAGAACUGACCACCAGGAUGACUGAGCUGCUGACUGGAGAGGUUCCUAUAAGGUGUCAGGACGUCACUGUCUAUUUCUCCAUGGAGGAGUGGGAGUAUGUAGAAGGACACAAGGAUCUGUACCAGGACAUAGUCAUGAUGGGGGAUCACCGGCCCCCAACAUCACAAGAUAUAGACCCAACAAGGAUGGAGAAGGCCAGAAAGCACAUGGCUGCCAGGAUAUUACACCUCACCCUAGAGAUAAUCCACCUGAUAACCGGAGAGGAUUACACAGUAGUGAAGAAGUGGUCUGGUGAGUGUGUGACCCCCCGUGUGUCAGGAGGAUCGGGCACCACCCAGAGCCCCACCCCCGAGGAUCCUCCACCUCAUUCACUGAUACAUGAGCAGAAGAUCCUAGAACUGACCACCAGGAUGACUGAGCUGCUGACUGGAGAGGUUCCUAUAAGGUGUCAGGACGUCACUGUCUAUUUCUCCAUGGAGGAGUGGGAGUAUAUAGAAGGACACAAGGAUCUGUACCAGGACAUAGUCAUGAUGGGGGAUCACCGGACCCCAACAUCACAAGAUAUAGACCCAACAAGGAUGGAGAAGGCCAGAAAGCACAUGGCUGCCAGGAUAUUACACCUCACCCUAGAGAUAAUCCACCUGAUAACCGGAGAGGAUUACACAGUAGUGAAGAAGUGGUCUGGUGAGUGUGUGACCCCCCGUGUGUCAGGAGGAUCGGGCACCACCCAGAGCCCCACCCCCGAGGAUCCUCCACAUCAUUCACUGAUACAUGAGCAGAAGAUCCUAGAACUGACCACCAGGAUGACUGAGCUGCUGACUGGAGAGGUUCCUAUAAGGUGUCAGGACGUCACUGUCUAUUUCUCCAUGGAGGAGUGGGAGUAUAUAGAAGGACACAAGGAUCUGUACCAGGACAUAGUCAUGAUGGGGGAUCACCGGCCCCCAACAUCACAAGAAAAUCUCAAUAAGGACAUUGAUGGAAACUUUGUAUCACUAAAUCUUAAAGUCCAAGAAGAAGAAGUCCUGCAGCACUCCCCAGGAAAGGACCUCCUUCCCCUUACUGUACAUCCGGGACCUUACAGUACAGAUCUAUCCUAUAAUGCCCCUAAUCAUGGGGAACCUUCUCCUGACCCAUCACAGGUUGUUACCACAAGGACAGAUCAGAGAGAAGGGAAAAAAUUUCAUUGUGGUGAAUGUAAGAAAGAGUUUACAAAAAAUUCAGAUCUUAUUUCACACAGAAAAAGUCACACAGAAUAUUCCUGUUCACUAUGUGGGAAAUGUUUUACAGAUACAUCAGAACUUCUUGCACAUGAGAGAAUGCACAUAGGAGAUCAACUAUAUAUAUGUUCAAAAUGUGGGGAACGUUUUUCCCAGAAAAAAGAUAUUCUUAAACAUGAGAAAACUCACUCAGUAGCAAGGUCCUAUCCAUGUCCCGAAUGUGGGAAAUGUUUUACACAUAAACCAAGCCUUGCUAUGCAUAAGAAAAGUCAUGAAAAAAAGAUAUCACCUUCCUGUUUAGAAUGUGGGAAAAGUUUUAAAAAUAAAUGGUAUCUUCGUAUACAUUAUAGAAUUCAUACAGGAGAGAAUCCACAUUCCUGUUCUGAGUGUGGGAAAUGUUUUACAACUAAAGCAGGCCUUGUUAGACAUGAAAGAAUUCACACAGGAGAGAAGCCAUUUAAAUGUUCAGAGUGUGGGAAAUGUUUUAUAGAUCUCUCACACCUUGGCAAACAUAAGCCAAUUCACACAGGCGACAAGCCGUAUUCAUGCUCAGAAUGUGAAAGAUGUUUUUCACAUAAAUCAGAUCUUGUUCAACAUCAGAGAAUUCAUACAGGAGAGAAGCCGUAUUCCUGUUCGCAAUGUGCUAAAAAUUUUACCACUAAAACAAAUCUGGUUGUGCAUGAAAAAAGCCACACAGGGGAAAAGCCAUUUUCAUGUUCAGAAUGUGGGAAAUAUUUUGCCCAUAAAUCGCGUCUUGUUAUCCAUAUGAGAAAUCACACAGGGGAGAAGCCUUAUUCAUGUUCCGAAUGUGGAAAAUGUUUUAAGUCUAAAACAAUUUUAGAUGUACAUGAGAGAAAUCACACGGGAGAGAAGCCAUAUUCAUGUUCAGAAUGUGGGAAAGGCUUUCCAACGAAAGGAAAUCUUGCUCGACAUCAGAGAAAGCACACGGGAGAGAAGCCAUAUUCAUGUUCAGAAUGUGAGAAACGCUUUGGUCAUAAAGCAGAUCUUUUUAGACAUCUCAAACUGCACAGAGGAGGGAAGACUACUUGAUGUUCUUUUUUUUGUGUCCUGAAAGGACCAAGGAGGUAGCCACAGGAGCGUACAAGAUGGAGAAAAUAAAUGAUUGUUUAUAUCAGUUUGGAAGAAGAUUUGAGAGGGCGAGACUCAAGCAAACCAACAUUGGAGAAGAAAGUCGGUGAAAACCUAUAAAAGAUGGCAGUAAAAUAAAAACACUGGGAUAAAAGCUCCAUAGAAAUGCCUGUUGUGGUUGUUAAAACAUAAAUAUUAAAGGGGUACUCCUGGAUAGGGGAUAAC